CCAAUCAGUAACUUGAUUCUGCUCGGAAGACAAAACAGGACAGUGUGGGCUCACUUUGGGUUGUCUAAAAUCCUACACGGUACUCCACAAUGUCAAUAACAGUCUUGAAAUCUGCAUUUAGACUAAGAUCUAUCUGCAGAUUGCAAAGGAUACAAGGUCAUAUGAUGUCCAGUCAUGCUGGGUCAGAGGUGCUCCUGGAGAGGGUGGGGAAUGCUGGCGUUAUCACCCUGAACAGGCCCAAGGCCCUCAACGCACUCAACCACAACAUGAUAAAACACAUCUAUCCACAACUCAAGAAAUGGGAAACGGACUCAGGCGUAGACAUUGUCAUUAUCGAAGGAGUAGGAGGCAAAGCCUUUUGUGCAGGUGGCGAUAUUAGAGCUGUAACAGAUGCUGGCAAAGCGGGGGAUCCCAACGCUAACGACUUCUUCAAAGAGGAAUACAUGCUGAACUACAAGAUUGGUACUUACAAAAAGCCAUACGUCGCCCUGAUUGAUGGAAUCACAAUGGGAGGUGGCGUUGGCCUAUCAGUCCAUGGACGCUUUCGGGUGGCGACUGAGAAGACUCUCUUUGCCAUGCCGGAAACAGCCAUUGGGCUGUUUCCUGACGUGGGGGGCGGCUACUUCCUGCCCCGGCUGCAGGGCAAGCUGGGCAUCUUCCUGGCGCUCACCGGCUUCCGCCUCCGCGGCCGAGACGUGCUCCGAGCCGGAGUGGCCACUCACUUUGUGGAGGCAGAGAAGAUGGGUGCCCUUGAAAAGGAUCUGACUGGCCUGAAAUCUCCCUCCUCCAGUGAUGUGGCCCAAGUCCUGGACUCGUAUCAGCAGCAGAGUGGGCUUGAUGCAGACAAACCCUUCGCCCUUGAACAGCAUAUGGAAGCCAUCAACAGGCUGUUUGAUGCCAGCAGCGUGGAGGGAAUCAUUGAGAAGCUGAAGACCGAUGGCUCCCCAUUCGCCAAGAAACAGGCGGAGACCCUGGCCAAGAUGUCUCCCACGUCCAUGAAGCUGACCCUGAGGCAGCUCCAGCACGGGGCCUCCAUGACUCUGGCUGAGGUGCUGGCCAUGGAGUACAGGCUCACACACGCCUGCAUGAAAGGUAAAGAUUUCUACGAGGGAGUCCGAGCAGUGCUAAUCGACAAGGACCAGAGUCCCAAAUGGACGCCUGCCACCCUGGAGGAGGUCUCAGACCAGUCAGUUGAGGACAGCUUCAAGUCCCUGGGGGAGCGUGACCUCAAGCUGUAAGCACCACACCACACCACACCGACACCGCGCCACUCUCCUGACCUGGCAGGACCUCUGGGAUCCGACUCACCCCAGGGCUCACCCCCACAUGCCCUCUCUCAUCAUGGAGUGCGUUGCAAUAUGCGACCUUGCCUCCUCCACUUGCUUCUCGUCAUGAUGACAUCACUGACAACGGCAUUGUAUUUCAAUAUCUUGCAAAAGCUCAAUUGUAGAGUCUUUUUCUCAUUUGCAAUUGGGAUGGUGAAUGAAAAACAGUCCCUCAAAAGUUGUUGUGGCUAGGCUGACAGCUGGGAAACUUUAUCGUUUUCUCCACGGAGGAGGGGCCAGGAGGCGGGACAAGGAGACAAGCGCAAGUGGAGGAGGCAAGGUCGCAUAUUAAAACGCACUCAUGGCCUUUUCCACUAGCGGGUACAGUGGCAACAACACACUAGAGGUGUCAAAUCCUGAUGUAAAAACCUUGCCACAGUUUCCUUCCAACACGGAUGACUUCACCAAAUUAACUGGGGUGGUGUUUCACGAAAGCGUAGUUGCUAGCCAGUUAGCAACUUGGGUAGAUGCCAAUGCGAAAUUGCACUGAAAAAACAACAAAGUAGCUAACGUAGUUUCCAGAAAUACACCCCAAAAACCUUGCCACAGUUUAUUUCCAGAAUGGGUGACUUCACUGAGUUAACUGGUCUUGAGGACUCGUUUUGAUCAACUGUGUUAGAGGAGCUGAUUUGAUCAAAUUUGUAAAGUGAAAAAGACUUGAUCACACUGUUGCCUGUUAAUUGUUCUACAAAUCUUAACUUCUUCAAGUGGAUCAAAUCUGUGGCAGGGUUGUUACUGUCUGAAUCCAGGCUUGUCACCUCUACUGUAACACACUACAGAGCCAGUGCCCUUUCCUACUGUAUGCUGCCUAUGCAGUGAAUGCUGCCUAUUAUGGCAGACUCUAUACGGACUCAAACUCACCACCGAGUGCUUUAUAUUUGAUUGAUAUUCAUUUGUCUUUCUUUUUUUGUAAUAAGAAAUAGAAAUUGUGUUUGAUACCUGAUUGCUUAAUUUGUCUAUGGAUUGUAGAGCGACAUUCUUAUAUUCUCACAACUGAAAUGGGCGUUUCGACAGACCAGGUCAUGGUCCUAAGCAGAUGAAACUCUUAUUGUACAUUGAAAACAAGUUCAAUAAAAAGAACAAUGGUGUUUGGUA